GUGUGAAUCUGGGUGAGUUUCAAACAUUAGAUAGAUCUUACAUGUCCCUAGCCUGUAGACAUCUUUUACUCCAAUUCCCCGAAUAGAUAGUUUUAGUCCUUCAAGGUAAUAUAGCGUGGUGGCUUCUGGAUGAGAUGUUUGCUGUUGCUUUUUUCAUCUUGUCUUUGAUGACUUGUCAGCCUGGGGUAACUGCACAGAAGAAGGUGAACCAGAGAGUACGUCGGGCAGCUACCCCCAUAGCAGUUACCUGCCAGCUGAGUAACUGGUCAGAGUGGACAGACUGCUUUCCAUGCCAGGACAAAAAGUACCGAUACCGGAGACUCUUGCAGCCAAACAAGUUUGGGGGAACCAUCUGCAGUGGUGAUGUCUGGGAUCAAGCCAGCUGCUCCAGUCUCACACCUUGUCUAAACCAAACACAAUGUGGACAGGACUUCCAGUGUAAGGAGACAGGUCGCUGCCUGAAACGCCACCUCGUGUGUAAUGGAGACCGGGACUGCCUUGAUGGCUCUGAUGAGGAUGACUGUGAAGAGGUCAGGGCUGUUGAUGACGACUGCAGCCAGUACGAACCGAUUCCAGGAUCAGAGAGGGCAGCCAUGGGGUACAAUAUCCUGACCCAGGAAGAAACCCAGAGUGUGUAUGAUGCCACAUAUUAUGGGGGCCAGUGUGAGACUGUAUACAACGGGGAAUGGAGGGAACUUCGAUACGACCCCGCCUGUGAGCAUCUCUACUAUGGAGAGGAUGAGAAGUACUUUCGGAAACCCUACAACUUCCUGAAGUACCACUUUGAAGCCCUGGCAGACACUGGAGUCUCCUCAGAGUUAUACGAUAAUGCAAAUGACCUUCUUUCUAAAGUAAAAAAUGACAAGUCUAGGUCAGUUGGAGUGACCAUUGGCAUAGGACCAGCAAGAAGCCCUCUGUUAGUGGGUGUAGGUGUAUCUGAGUCAAAAGAUUCUUCAUUCUUGAAUGAGUUGAACAAGUAUAAUGACAAGAAAUACAUCUUCAUGAGAAUUUUCACAAAGGUGCAGACUGCCCAUUUUAAGAUGAGGAGGGACAACAUUGUGCUGGAUGAAGGAAUGCUGCAAUCAUUAAAGGAACUUCCAGAGCAAUUCAAUUAUGGCAUGUAUGCCAAGUUCAUCAAUGACUAUGGCACCCAUUACAUCACAUCUGGAGCCAUGGGUGGCACUUAUGAAUAUAUCCUGGUGAUUGACAAAGAAAAAAUGAAAUCUCUUGGUGUCACCAGCAAAGAUAUCAAGACUUGCUUUGGAGGCUCCGUGGGCAUUCAGUAUCAAUACACGGAUAGCUUAGGCAUCGAAGGAGGUUUAUCAGGAGAACAAUGUAAAAAAUUUGGAAGUGGAACAACUGAACACAACAUGAAGGCCAUGGCUGUGGAAGACAUCAUUUCUCGGGUGCGAGGUGGCAGUGCUGGCUGGGGCAGUGGCUUGACACAAGAUGGGAGUACCAUUACAUAUCGCUUCUGGGGGAGGUCAUUAAAGUAUAAUCCUGUUGUUAUCGAUUUUGAGAUGCAGCCCAUCCACGAGGUGCUGCGACACACAAACCUGGGCCCUCUGGAGGCCAAGCGCCAGAACCUGCGCCAGGCCUUGGACCAGUACCUGAUGGAAUUCAACGCCUGCCGCUGUGGGCCCUGCUUCAACAAUGGGGUGCCCAUCCUCGAUGGCACCAGCUGCAGGUGCCAGUGCCGCCUGGGUCGCCAGGGUCCUGCCUGUGAGCAAAUGGAGAUAGAGGGGGCCAAAGCAGAUGGGAGCUGGAGCUGCUGGAGCUCUUGGUCUGUGUGCACAGGAGGCACCCAGGAAAGAAGGAGAGAGUGCGACAACCCUGCACCCCAAAAUGGAGGAGCCUUGUGUCUGGGGAAGCAAUUACAGACCCAGGCUUGCUGAGGGCCUCUGGCACAGGCUGGGACAGAAGCUGAGGACAUUGCCACCUGCACUGGCUAUCAGAUAAAGACUUCUUUCAGUUGAGAGAAGACGCAAAUCAGCAUAGACUUUUUCUUUGUCCUGCCAGAUCCCAGCCCUCAGACUAGGUCACACCAUCUACAGCCAACUGUUCUAUUGCUUACAAAACUCAGUCGUUUAUUCAACUGGAUGUUGAGUGUUAACUA